AUGUCAGUCGCGGAUGCCCUCAGAGAGCAAGAAGAAAUGUUCCAGAAGGCAUUCGAGAUUCAAGAGGCGGAAGAACUGGAGCAGCAGGAUGAAGAAAAGAAGGAGAAAAAACCAAGAAAGAAGAGCAAAGAAAACAAGGGCGGUAAGAAAAAGAAGAAGAAGGAGGAGGAGGCUGAAGGUGCUGAAGACGUACCCAAUCCACCGCAAGAGCAGCCAGUCGAAGAAACUUUGCCGGAGGCCAAGGAGGAAGAAGAUAAUACUGGAAAGAAGAAGAAAAAGAAAAAGGGCAAAAAGCAAAAGGGAAAGGAGACCAAUGAAAAUGUGGAGGCGCAGGAGGACGAAUUACCCUAA